AAAUUUUUUUGCCACCCACCCUGGUUUCUUUUCUUUAUAUCCGUUCCCCAUCUCUUCUCGUCCACUGAACCUCUUCUCUCCAAUUGCCAACUGCUCACUCCUCUGCUCCAAGAGAACUUUAAGAUAGACAAAGAAGAGAAGGCUAGAUGGGUACACCUCAAAAUUUGAUGGAGACAGUCUACAAAGCAGCCUCGGAAGGAAAAUGGCAUCUGAUGAAAACUGCUUACGGUGGAACAUAUGAUAAGUACAUGGUGUCUCCAAUAACGGUUUUAAAAGAUACUGCAUUUCACUUGGCAGUGUAUAGCAAAAAGGAUGAACCGCUUAAAAGUCUACUUAGUAUUGUUAAUGAAAUCUCAAUUCCCGAGAAUCCCUGUACAUUAAAGAAUGCGUAUGGAAACACAGUUCUUCAUGAAGCAGUUUUUGCUGGAAAUAUGGAAGCAGUAAAGCACUUACUCCUGGGUGAAUAUGAUCCUUCAAUGCAACUUCAUACUAAAAACGAGCUUGGGGAGACUCCAUUGUAUAGAGCUGCUUCAUGUGGUAAGAAAGAAAUAGUGGAGUAUUUAGCUAAGAAAAUGGGCCUAUUCUCAGAGCGAAAGCUAUCAGAGGAUCACCGCAAGAGAAAAGAUUCAAAGCCAAUUCUUCAUGCUGCCAUCGAAGGACAACACUUUGAAACUGCUCUGACGUUGCUGAAACGGGAUCCAUCACUUGAUGAUAUGACGGACGAACAGGGCAGGACCUGUCUUCAUCUCCUUGCUGAGAUGCCUAGUGCUUUCAAGAGUGGAUGUGCAAUGCCCAAAUAUUCCAUUAGGAACCUGAUAUACUGUUGCCUUUCCGCAUCAAAUGGUGAUGACGACCAGAGAAAGUGUAAUAAAGGAUGGCAGGUGGGAAGAAUCCAGAAAGAAAAGGACAAGCAUGAAUCUGCAUUGAAACUUGCACAGGAGCUUGUAGAAAAUAACAAGCGUCAUUGGUGGCAAUCUAUCAAUGUAGUGGGUCCUAACAAAGUUAAUAUCGAAACCCCUGGUCAAGGAGGAAGAGGACAAGGAGUAGACCCCAUCCCGUUGUUUAUAGCAACUAGUAAUGGAAUAGAAGAGAUUGCUAAAGAAAUACUUGAAAAAUUUCCUCAGGGUGUUGAGCUUGUUAAUGAAACAGGACAGAACAUAAUGCAUGUAGCUGUGAUGCAUCGACAGCGGGAGAUUUACCGUUAUGUAAAGAAAAAGUUCAAACCAAUUAUGGUCAGGCUGAGUUCGAGGACCGAUAAUAAUGGCUACACAUUGUUACACCACGUUGCACACAUGAAGCACUAUCGCGGAGGAACCAUGCCCAGCCCUGCACUCAAGCUACAAGAAGAAAUACAAUGGUUCAAGCGGGUGCAGAGGGCGGUUCCACCUUCUCUGUCCGAGCAGCGGGCACCGAGGGAGGUUCCGCCUGACAAUGAGUACAAAGUGACAGCACAAAAGUUCUUACAAAUGGAGCCUGAAGAUAAUCUAAGGGUGGUGGUUCCGCCUGACAAUGAGAACAAACUGACAGCACACAAGUUCUUACAAAUGGAGCCUGAAGAUCAUCUAAGGGUGGUGGUUUCGCCUUAUAAAGCAAUGCAACGUGACAAGGACUGCAAAUUGACAGCACUCGAGCUCUUCCAAGAGGAGCAUAAAGCUCAACUAAAGUUGGCGCAAGAAUGGAUCGAGAAGACCUCUCAGUCAUGCUCAGCAGUAGCCGUUCUUUUGGCCACCGUUGUCUUUGCUGCCGCUUACACUAUACCUGGAGGUUCUGACGAGCGUGGCUUUCCCAUUUUCCUUCACAACCGUUUCUUCUUAGCUUUCACUAUCUUGGAUGUUAUCGCCUUGGCUAGCUCCUUGACCUCAGUUGUGAUGUUCCUUUCUAUCCUCACCUCUCCUUUUGAAUAUGAGAACUUCUACCACAAUAUUCCUCGGAAACUGAUAUUGGGCUUCACUUUACUCUUCUUCUCAGUGAUGACAACCAUGCUUGCUUUUGCUUGCACCCUUUUUCUAAUAAUUCAUUUCAGAAAGAAAUGGACCACGGGUCUUAUUUCGUUUGCUGCUUUCUUUCCAGUGACAGUAUUUGCACUAAUGCAGUUCCCUUUAUAUGUCUCAUUUAUGAGCACUAUGAAGGACCUCUUUAAGGAAGCCGGGAAGUAUCUGCCUCGAUAUUGCUGCCCUUUUCGGUGCCAGUGUUGUAGGAAAAGGAGGCGAAUAUUCUGUUUGGCUUACUAGCUGGUUACAAAAGAUAUGUUCUCCUAAACGUACGUGUAAGCGGUUAAUGGGGACCGACUGUAUCAUUGAAGAAAAGCAAGGGACUUAAGGAUUUGAAAGCAAGGGCUGGGAGUUCAACUGGUGGCCUUUGAAAAUGUCUGUAAGGUCGUACGAGUCAGUAGACCUACUAUUUAUUGUCUUUAGUUAAGUAUUUACUUGUGUUUUCGUUGUAACAGACUCUUCUUUAUGGGAGGCCAUGCCUCAGUUACUUUUCUCUUAUGACUAAGACACUCGAUGGAAAAUAAAACAUCUGUGAUUCAAUCUGA